AUGACCAAGGUCAAAGUGGGUAAAGAAGAUUCAUCAUCCACUGAGUUUGUAGAAAAGCGGAGAGCAGCUCUUGAAAGGUAUCUUCAAAGAACAGUAAAACAUCCAACUUUACUACAGGAUCCUGACUUAAGGCAGUUCUUGGAAAGUUCAGAGCUGCCUAGAGCAGUUAAUACACAGGCUCUGAGUGGAGCAGGAAUAUUGAGGAUGGUGAACAAGGCUGCCGACGCUGUCAACAAAAUGACAAUCAAGAUGAAUGAAUCGGAUGCAUGGUUUGAAGAAAAGCAGCAGCAAUUUGAGAAUCUGGAUCAGCAACUUAGGAAACUUCAUGCCAAUGUUGAAGCCUUGGUCUGUCAUAGAAAAGAGCUUUCAGCUAACACAGCUGCCUUUGCUAAAAGUGCUGCCAUGUUAGGUAAUUCUGAGGAUCAUACCGCUUUAUCUAGAGCUUUGUCUCAGCUUGCAGAGGUUGAGGAGAAGAUAGACCAGUUACAUCAAGAACAAGCUUUUGCUGACUUUUACAUGUUUUCAGAACUUCUUAGUGACUACAUUCGUCUUAUUGCUGCAGUGAAAGGUGUGUUUGACCAUCGAAUGAAAUGCUGGCAGAAAUGGGAAGAUGCUCAAAUUACUUUGCUCAAAAAACGUGAAACUGAGGCAAAAAUGAUGGUUGCUAACAAACCAGAUAAAAUACAGCAAGCUAAAAAUGAAAUAAGAGAGGAAAUUGAAGAGUGGGAGGCAAAAGUACAACAAGGAGAAAGAGAUUUUGAACAGAUCUCUAAAACAAUUCGAAAAGAAGUGGGAAGAUUUGAGAAAGAACGAGUGAAGGAUUUUAAAACUGUUAUCAUCAAGUACUUAGAAUCAUUAGUACAAACACAACAACAGCUGAUAAAAUACUGGGAAGCAUUCCUACCUGAAGCCAAAGCCAUUGCCUAGCAAUAAGAUUAUUCCUGUUGAGAAGACCUUGGAUGUUUGUUCCAGUUAUGCUGAAUUCUACAGUUAAAUCAUUUAAAACCAUCUAAAUAAAACACUAUAUAUUUUAUGAAUUACAUGUGGUUUUUUAUAUAUAUAUACUCUGACAUUUUAUUACAAGCUGCAUGUCCUGACUCUCUUUGAAUUAAGUGGACUGUGGCAUGACAUUCUGCAAUACUUUGCUGAAUUGAACACUAUUGUGUCUUAAAUACUUGCACUAAAAAGUGCACUGCAAGGCCAGAGAAUUUUACAAUAUUUUUUUUCUUUACAAUAUGUUCUGUAGUACAUUUACCCUCUUUAUGAAGUUAAUUAUCAAUGCAUUCAUUAAUGUUCGCUUAUACAUUCCUGUACAGAAAUUAUGAUUUUGUGAUUACAAUAAUAAAAUGAUAUUCCUUGUGAA